AUGUUGCCAUUUGUGUACAUCAACGGCAUCGCAGAUAUAAUUAUUGCAGAACUACUGUUCAGUGAUACAUUACCAGCUGCAGACUGGGAGGCAGAAGUGAAAGAUGAAGAGACAUCCAAAGACCACUGGCUGUUCAAGACUGCUGCUGCUAUACAGCACACAUUGGAUGAGGCAGAUGCAUAUGGCAUAGUUGAUCUCAAGGACAUCAUGAGAGUGUCUGAGGGCAGCAAAGACAUAAGGGGGUCAGUGACAUCAACGACACUGGGUAACAUGAAGUAG